GAUGGUGACACAUGCGGCGGCGGCGCGCCGGCGGCAGGACCAUGGUUGAGCGCGCCAGCAAGUUCGUGCUGGUGGUGGCGGGCUCGGCGUGCUUCAUGCUCAUCCUGUACCAGUACGCGGGCCCGGGGCUGAGCCUGGGCGCGCCCGGCGGCCGCGCGCCCCCCGACGACCUGGACCUGUUCCCCACGCCCGACCCGCACUACGAGAAGAAGUACUACUUCCCGGUGCGCGAGCUGGAGCGCUCGCUGCGCUUCGACAUGAAGGGCGACGACGUGAUCGUCUUCCUGCACAUCCAGAAGACGGGCGGCACCACCUUCGGCCGCCACCUGGUGCAGAACGUGCGCCUCGAGGUGCCCUGCGACUGCCGGCCGGGCCAGAAGAAGUGCACCUGCUACCGGCCCAACCGCCGCGAGACCUGGCUCUUCUCCCGCUUCUCCACCGGCUGGAGCUGCGGGCUACACGCCGACUGGACCGAGCUCACCAACUGCGUGCCGGGUGUUCUGGACCGCCGCGACCCCGCCGCGCUGCGCACGCCCAGGAAGUUCUACUACAUCACUCUGCUUCGGGACCCCGUGUCGCGCUACCUGAGCGAGUGGCGGCACGUGCAGCGGGGGGCCACCUGGAAGACCUCGCUGCACAUGUGCGACGGGCGCACACCCACGCCCGAGGAGCUGCCCCCCUGCUACGAGGGCACAGACUGGUCGGGCUGCACGCUGCAGGAGUUCAUGGACUGCCCCUACAACCUGGCCAACAACCGCCAGGUGCGCAUGCUGGCUGACCUGAGCCUGGUGGGCUGCUACAACCUGUCCUUCAUCCCGGAGGGCAAGCGCUCCCAGCUGCUGCUGGAGAGCGCCAAGAAGAACCUGCGGGGCAUGGCCUUCUUCGGCCUCACGGAGUUCCAGCGCAAGACGCAGUACCUGUUUGAGCGGACGUUCAACCUCAAGUUCAUCCGGCCCUUCAUGCAGUACAACAGCACGCGGGCAGGCGGUGUCGAAGUGGACGAGGACACCAUCCGGCGUAUCGAGGAGCUCAACGACCUGGACAUGCAGCUCUACGACUACGCCAAGGACCUCUUCCAGCAGCGCUACCAGUACAAGCGGCAGCUGGAGCGCCGGGAGCAGCGCCUCAAGAGCCGCGAGGAGCGCCUGCUGCACCGGGCCAAGGAGGCGCUGCCGCGGGAGGAGGCCGAGGAGCCGGGCCGCGUGCCCACCGAGGACUACAUGAGCCACAUCAUUGAGAAGUGGUAGUGGCGGCCGCGGCAGGGCGGGCGGGAGAGGGAGGAGAGACAGACGGCCCAGCACACUCGGCCCACCCCAAACUCUGCGGGAUAUGCGUCCCACGUUGCUUUGCUCGCCCAAGGUAGCUGCGUCCUGAGAAAGGAUGGAGUGGGGAGCAGUGAUGGGCAGGGGUGGUGCCAUCUCCCAUGCCAGGGGUCUGAGAAACCCACCAGUGCCACGCUGAGGAGCGUGCCCAAGGACACCCCAGGCAGCCUGCACAAGUCAGCGAGUGGCACCCACCCCCAGCCCCACCUCAACCACUGAGGGUUUGAAGAGGAAAGGUCGGUCGGGUUGAGAGUGGAGACGGACCUGCCAGGCAGGCACGCACCCCACACUCACUAUGCACACCCCCACUCUUACUCCCCAGACCAGUUCGACACCAACUCCAAGCACCUUCCCAGGCUCAGGCCAUCUGGGCAACUCUCCAGUGCCCUGACGCCACAGGGCCCACGUGAAGCACCCCUCCCUCAGUACAGUCAGCUCUUGAGGUGUCAUCAGCAACAGAGCACCCUAGCCUCCCCAUCUGCAAGGUCAGGGCCCAACCUUCUGAAGCCCAGAAGGUCUAGUCCAGCCUCUAGGAAGUCCACUCCCUUCCCCAGUCCAAAAUAAAAAUCCAGAUCUGGCUUCAUGCUUUGGGCCAGGAAAUCAAAGCACACCAGCCGGGUGACCCUACCCCACUUCUUAGAGUCCUCAAACUGGAAAGGGCUGUGGGGAGGUGGCCCCACUCUGCAAGACCCCACGCCAUGGGUAGUGGCACCCCAGGCAUGGGAGGCUGGCGCCUGUGUCUGAGGCUCCCCCAAGCCGAGAGAACUCCCCGUGUCCCCAGCCUCCUCUGACCUUUUGCCCCAUGGCUUGGGCAUUGUUCAGGGCACAGACCCACUGCUUCACGUUCCCUGUGAGUGACCAUCAGGCCUCCAUCAGCCGGAAAGUGACAUCUACCCAUGAGCCAUAUUUGGGGUGAUCGAUGGCCAGGGAAGGGGCCUCUCACUUUUAAAUUCUCAAUUAGGGUUGGGAGAAACAGCUCUGGGUUGCUCGCUGCUACCCAGAUGUCCAGCCUUCCUCCACCCCUCAGGCUCUCACCAAAUUUCCCUGCACCCCACCCCAGCUGGUCAGGGCCUGUUCCUUGCAGCCUGCAGAUUGGAGAAGCCAUGUUCCAUGUCCUAGUAACCCUCUCCCAUGCCCUGUCAUUCCUGUGCUCAAGGCCUCUCCGGGGCCUGCCCUCCCCACAGGAGUGGGCCAAACACGGCCUGGGUUCUAUGAGCCCUCCCCACCCUGUCUCAGACAGGGCAGUGAGAGCCACCUGGAGAAAAUAGAACCCACCAAGGCCCUUUUUCCCUGCCUGCCAUCACACUGGGCCCAGCCAUCCCACCCUGGAGUGAAGGCAUGGGAGCCAGGAGAAGCUAAAGUGCUAAACGCAGUGGCUGCCUGCCUGGGAGGAAGAGCUCCAGUCUUCUCUAGCUUACGGGCCCUGCCUCCCAGCUUCCUACUGGUCCUUUCACCUCGCAGGCCACAGAUAGCAGUAGGAGCGCCAGCCCAGCCUAGCCCAGCCGGGGACGAGCUCCCAGGGUGGGUGGGUGUCCUGCUGAGGACGCACUGGUGACUGACUGACUCUCAGAAGGCGGUGGAGAGCAGCUCUGAGGUUCACCUGGGUGGCUGUGCCCGUGGGGGAGGGCAGGGCAUGUUCUCCAGAGUGCUGGGCCCACAGGUACCCGUGGGGCCUCCUGGCAGGAGGUGACUCGAGGUGCAAGUGGAAAGCUCAGCCCUGCUCUACCCAAGCCCCUGGGCACCCGGCCUGCAGCCUGGCUCCAGAUGCCCCUUGAGGACUUCCUGUGAGUUGGCCUGAGCCUAGGAUCUGUUUUGUACAUAUUGGAAUGAUUUAACUUAUGGCCCGUUGUCCCAAUUCAGAUGGAAACAUGGGUCUCUCCUUGGUUGUUUCGCAGCAUCUGGAGUGGGGCUCCACCUCGCGCCAGCACCUAGGAGCACGUGGCCCCAGGCAGCACGGUUGGCAGGGCCCUCAGCCCCGAGUCUGAGCCAGCACUUCCACCCAGCCACCUGCCUUGCAGGGGAGGGCCCUGCAGCAUCGCCCACAGUGCCGCGGGCGGGGGCGCCAUGACAGGGGACCACCCCAUCUGGGGCUGAGAGGACAAAUGACAGCUUGCUCCCCGCACAGGCCCGCGAGUGUCCUCAAGGGGAGCCUGGGACAGCAGAGUUGUCUGAGCAAUGAGUCUGUGAACUUUUUGGGAACUGGAAGCGUUUAACUUGAACCCAGGAGCAUUUAAAGCUUUAUUUAUUUAUAGCUUCUUAUUAAAAAAUAAAAGUGUUGAGAAGAAAUUUUUUGGUUAUUCAUAGAAAAAAAAGUUGAUGAUGGAAAAGCAAGUCAUAAUCAUCUAAUUGUUUUUGUCUAGGUCAGGAAUGAAUGUUAGCGAUGAAAUAAACCCUGAAAAGGA